UGUGAUAUUAUUAAGUAAGGUCAUCAGAAAGUUAUGUUUAUAUCACAUUCACAUUUUAUGAGCGUAAAUACUUGAAUGCAACAGUCCAUGCGGGCAUAGUGAGGAAGACAUUGUCCUUCCUGCAGGUGGACAGCAGCAUGCAGCGGGUUUUGGCCAAAGAGAGAGCGUCUCAGUCUAAAGCGUUGGACCUGCAGAGCCAGCUGAGCCGAGCCAAAAGCGAGCAGAGUCAGCUGCAGCGAAGCAAGGAGGAGAUGGAGCGUCGUUUCCAGAGUCAGCUGCAGAGCAUGAAGGACAGGCUGGAGCAGUCGGACUCCACAAACCGCAGUCUGCAGAACUAUGUUCAUUUCCUCAAAACCUCCUACGGAAACGUGUUCGGCGACUCUAUGAUUGCAAGCUGAAGGCAAAAAACCCAACCAGCAUUUAUACAUUCCCAAAGCAUUGUAGUAGACCUAAAUGACGUUUAUUGAUUACGAUUGUUGAUUUGAGAAUUUUAUACUGUAUAUGAAAUUAAAACUGUUAUAAAUGAAAUGAUUUUAAAUUAGU